UCUUGGGCCGCGGGAAGGAGCCAUGGCCGCAGUCCGGGGGAAGCACAGCGGCUUCUACGGGCGCCAGAGUCCCACCGGCACGAGGGUGACAGAGCGGGGGGCGAGCGGGAGGAGGUGUUACGGAUGGGGCUGAGGGCGGGCACCUUCCCCCCACGGCCUGCCUGCUGCCCCGGGGGCAAAGCGGGGCGCUGCGGGUGGAUGCGUUGAACCUGCCGGAGUUCAUGUAGGAUUCGCGGUAGCGCUAUGCAGAAAACCCGCAGCUAAUGACAGCGGAAUCGCAGCCCUGAAGAGAAUGUUUUUUUCUUCAGUAAGUUAACGUACUCCUGGUUUAGCAGAUUAAUAUCUAUAGGCUAUAAGAAGCCAUUGGAAAGGUAUGACCUGUUUGAACUGAAUGAAGGAGAUUCACCGUACACCGUGUGUCCUAACUUUGAAAAGCAAUGGAGAAAAGAAAUCCAGAUGUCCACCACAGGAUCAAUGUUACAGCCGACAUUCUGGCUUUCAUGAGUCCGCAAUUAAUGAAAGCAAUGAUAGUGGUCAGUGAAGAUCAUCCAACUUCAUAUGGGAGUGGAUAUGGCUUUGCUAUUGCCCUGUUUUUUGUGGUUCUCUCACAAACUCUUCUCCAUCAGUUAUACCAACGUAACAACAUGCUUACUGCAGUCAAAAUCAAGACUGCAGUUGUUGGCCUGAUGUAUAAAAAGGCUUUAACUUUAGCAAAUUCCUCACGACGAAACUAUACAACUGGGGAAAUUGUUAACCUGAUGUCAGCAGAUACUCAGCAACUCAUGGAAAUGGCUGUAAACCUCAACCUCUUGUGGUCAGCACCUUUUCAGAUCAUCAUGGCUGUUGUCUUUCUCUGGAAAGAACUUGGCCCCUCAGUCCUAGCAGGUGUUGCACUGCUUCUUUUGGUUAUACCUAUAAAUGCGCUCAUUGCAGCCAAAGUAAAAAGACUGAAGAAAAGCCAAAUGAAGAAUUCAGAUCAGCGAGUCAAGCUAUUAAGUGAAAUGUUACAUGGCAUAAAGAUCCUCAAACUUUAUGCAUGGGAACCUGCAUACCAAAGGAAGGUCAUGAGCAUUAGAGAACGUGAAGUGGAUGUUUUGAAGUCUUCUGGGUAUCUGACGACUUACUCCAUGCUAACAUUGACGUGUAUUCCUUUUAUGGUCUCCUUGGCUACAUUUGGAGUCUUCUUUCAUCUGGACAAAGAUAAUGUUUUAACAGCAACUAAGGUUUUUACAUCUAUUUCUUUAUUUAACAUUUUACGACUGCCUUUGUUUGAUUUACCGUCUGUGAUCUCUGCUGUUGCCCAGACCAAAGUUUCUCUGAGCCGUUUAGAGGAUUUUCUCUGUGCUGAGGAUAUUAACCCUGAGGAUGUCAAUACAAACUACAGUGGAAAUAAUGCUGUUGGGUUUAUUGGUGCUUCUUUCAGCUGGGAAAAGAAUGGCAUGCCCAUCUUAAAAAACUUGAGUGUCAGCAUUCCUGAAGGCUCUUUAGUUGCUGUUGUGGGAAAGGUUGGAUCUGGAAAGUCAUCUUUUCUUUCUGCUGUUCUUGGAGAAAUGGAGAAGCUUGAAGGAACAGCUCAGAGAAGAGGCUCAGUGGCCUAUGCUUCUCAGCAGGCUUGGAUUCAAAAUGGCACUUUACAGGAAAAUAUUCUCUUUGGUGCAAAUCUACAUAGGCCAUACUAUGAACUUGUUUUAGAGUCCUGUGCUUUACUGCCAGAUUUGGAACAGUUACCGAAUGGAGACCAAACAGAGAUCGGAGAAAGGGGUGUCAAUAUAAGUGGAGGGCAGAAGCAGAGAGUGAGUCUCGCUAGAGCUGUGUACAGCAAUGCUGACCUGUAUCUUCUGGAUGACCCGCUGUCUGCUGUAGAUGUACAUGUUGGGAAACACCUUUUUGAGAAGAUAAUUGGCCCUUCAGGUCUCCUAAAAAGCAAGACUCGUAUACUGGUGACCCAUAAUGUAACAUUCCUGCCUCACACCGAUCUUAUAAUAGUAAUGGAAGCGGGCAGAAUAAGUCAAAUGGGGACCUAUCAAGAACUUGUUUCAAAGAGAGCUAAUUUUGCUGAUCUUAUUCAAGUCUUCAGUGCAGAACAUACAACUGAAGAGACAACUCCUGUGGAAGUGAGAUCUCCCAAAGAAGAAGGCCAAAUGGGCAGGAGUCUGCAAGAAAGAGAACUGCUGAAACGUAAAGAUUCUUCCUUUGAUCAAUGGAAACUACUCACGAACAAUAAAGAAAAAGUUGCCACUGGUGGCAUGAAAAUGUCAGUUGUUUUGAAGUACCUCCAAGCCUUCAACUGGCAAUGGAUGUGGCUAACCAUAGCUGCUUAUUUAGGACAAAACGCACUAGCUGUUGGACAAAAUCUAUGGCUUAGCACCUGGACUGCAGAAACAGCAAAAGUUAGUGAUAUCACAGAAUGGAAACAAUCUCAAAACUAUAAACUUCAUACCUAUGGACUUCUGGGACUCAUACAAGGUCUUUUUGUUUGCUGCGGUGCCUAUGUGGUCACCAGGGGAUCCCUGUCUGCUUCUCGGUCAUUGCAUCAUCAGCUGUUGGACAGUGUAUUGCAUCUCCCUCUUCAGCGUUUUGAAACUGAUCCAGUUGGUCAGAUCAUCAAUAGAUUCACAAAGGACUUAUUUAUAGUGGACUCACGUUUCCAUUACUACUUACGAACUUGGCUAAAUUGUACACUAGAUGUUAUUGGAACCAUUCUGGUUAUCACAUCUGCCUCACCACUAUUCAUAGUGGUAGUUAUUCCCCUGGGGUACUUCUAUUUUACUAUCCAGCGAUACUACAUAGCGAGUUCACGACAGAUUCGACGGCUAGCAGGAGCGUCCCAUUCUCCUGUGAUUUCCCAUUUCAGUGAGACUCUUGUAGGGCGAUCAACAAUUCGAGCAUUUGGCCACCAAGAGAGAUUCAUUAGAAAAAAUAAUGAUGUUGUGUAUGAGAACUUGGUUUACUUCUACAACAACGUCAUCUCGAACAGGUGGCUAUCUGUUAGGCUUGAAUUUCUGGGAAAUUUAAUGGUGUUCUUUGCUGCACUGUUUGUAGUACUGGCUGGAAAUACCAUGAGUUCUUCUACAGUGGGUUUAUCUAUAUCCUAUGCUCUAAAUAUAAUUCAGAGUCUAAAUUUUUGGGUGCGUAAAGCAUGUGAAAUCGAGACCAAUGCAGUUUCAAUUGAAAGAAUUUGUGAAUAUGCAAAAAUGGAUAAAGAGGGACCGUGGAUAACAUCAAAAAGACCACCAGUGGGGUGGCCUGAUAGAGGAAUAAUAGAGUUUGUUAACUACAAGGCUCAGUACAGGAAGGAUCUUGGUUUAGCCUUGAAGGAUGUCUCUUUUCAGACACAGAGUAAAGAGAAGGUUGGAAUUGUUGGAAGAACAGGAGCUGGUAAAUCAACACUCACAAAUUGCUUGUUUAGGGUUCUAGAGGGAUCUGAAGGCAAAAUAAUUAUCGAUGGAAUUGAUAUAUCAACUAUUGGACUCCAUGACCUACGUGGAAAUCUUAACAUUAUUCCACAGGACCCCAUCUUGUUUUCUGGGACACUGCAGUCAAAUUUGGAUCCACUUGGAAAACACUCUGAUCUUGAACUGUGGGAGGUACUGGAACUGUGUCACUUAAAGGAUUUUGUCCAGUCACUCCCAAAGAAACUCCUUCAUGAGAUUUCAGAAGGUGGUGAAAAUCUCAGUGUUGGGCAGAGACAGCUAGUCUGCCUGGCCCGUGCUUUGCUACGAAAGACAAAAAUCCUGGUCCUAGAUGAGGCAACAGCUUCUGUUGACAUGGAAACGGACAACUUGGUGCAGUCCACCAUCAAAAGAGAGUUUCACAAUUGCACAAUAUUAACUAUAGCCCAUAGGUUACACACAGUCAUGGAUUUGGAGAGAGUGCUUGUUCUGGACACUGGAAGGAUUCUAGAAUAUGAUACACCACAUAAUUUGUUACAACAGAAAGGUGCCUUUUCUGAAAUGGUUGCAGAGGCUGGGAUAAGAAGAUAAAGAAAACUAAGGAAUUAAUACUCAAUGAAGACAAGAAUUCCUUACUCCAGUAAACACUGGAGGGGUAUCUGGCAUUCCACAUAUCUAUGGAGUAUUUUAUAUUCCAUUUGAAAUGACUAGCUUGCUCAAAAGCUCCUCACAGCAUUGCUUUUUACUACAACUACAAUCUGUAUAUAUUGGUCAGGUUUCUUAAAAUCUUUUCUGAUUUUAUGCAAAUCAUUUAAUUUGAUCAUAUUGGCACUGGAACAACAGAAUGAAGCAGUAAUUUCCAUGGCAUAUUUUAACUGUUGCGCUAGUAAAUGCAAACUGAAAAAUAAAUCUUGUUGUUCACACACUGUUUUUAAUUAAAAAUAAUAUUUCGUUAA